CAGGCUAAUGAAUCGAAACAGGGUGACUGUACAACCAUAUAAAAAGAGAAGACAACGGUGCAGUAAGUCAGUGUAGUAAGGCACUUGGACACUCCAGCAACAACAUUAAAUUUUCUGUCGGUUGUGUUUCACAUUGCGUUCUUCAACUUAGCAACUAUGGCCAACUGCGCCACAAUGAUCUUGCUGGCAGUUGUUUCCUUGAUUGCUGGAAAAGCCAUGGGUGGACCGAUGGGCUCAUCUUCCGGGUACUACACGAGUCAAGCGCCAUACUACACCACGACGUAUGCAGCCCCCAGCUACUACACCACCAAGGCUCCGGAGUAUUACACGACAACAUAUGCUGCCCCCAGCUACUACACCGAGGCGCCCAAGUACUAUACGACCAAGGCACCCGAAUACUACACCACAACGUAUGCUGCUCCGUCAUACUACACUGAACCCCCGAAGUAUUACUCGGCUUCAAGUUACUACGCAGAGGCACCAGUUUAUUCCACCACAACAUACGCUCCUCCAAGUUACUACACGGAGGCACCCAAAUACUUCACAACAAAGGCACCGGAGUACUACAGAUCAACAUACUCUACGCCAAGCUACUACACUGAAUAUCCGAAGUACUAUGCAGAGCCCAGCUACACCACCACCACUGUUGCAUACUACACCACAACGGAAGCAGCUAAGUACUACGUAGCUCCGACUUACUACGCUGGAGCUUCCCAAUCUUACUACAGUGAUUCCACAUACUACACCGAGGUUCCACAGUACUACUCUGCUCCGUCUUACUACACCACGGUUGCGCCAUCUUACUACACCGAACCCAGCUAUUACACAACCUAUGCUGCUCCGGCAUCCUACCCCGAGGCUCCAAAAUAUUCGGCUCCUAGUUAUUACACCGAAGCACCGGUUUACUACACCACAUAUUCCAAACAAAGCUACUACACCGAGGUUCCACAGUACUACACUGCCACUUCUUAUUAUACCACUAAGGCCCCGGAGUACUACGCAAAGGAGAAGGCCGAAUACUACCCUACUACUUAUGCUGCUCCAGCUUACUACACUGAAGCUCCAAAGUUCUAUCCGGCCCCAAGUUACUACACCACCAAGGCUCCCGAGUACUACACCACCAAGGCUCCCGAGUACUACACCACCAAGGCUCCCGAGUACUACACCACCAAGGCUCCCGAGUACUACACCACCAAGGCUCCCGAGUACUACACCACCCCAUACGUCGCCCCCAGCUACUACAGCGAAGCUCCGAAAUAUUAUUCAGGUCCCAGCUACAGAACUGAAACACCAAAGUAUUACAAAUAGCUCCGAAGAUUUUAAUCAGAUGGUUCGAAAAUCAAUGUUUGUUUUAUUUUUGUUACACGGUAGACGUUACACAAUAUAAUGGUAUCCGCUA